AUGGGUCAAAGACUCAGUACAAAUAUUGUCCAAUCGUGGCUUUCUUCUAGCAUGCACUCCCACAGUCCAUGGACUGUUGACAGUCCAGCACAAGUAUUGUUACACUCUUUCCAGUCUAAGUAUAAAUUGAUAUGUUUCAGUAACUUGAAAACUAACAAAGGAAAACAAAACAAAAAAGGGAGGACACUGAUCCCCUAAGAAUCCUCUCUUGCCAGUGCUACCUGUUUCACUGACCAGGCUAUUAUGACUGAAAGGCCGUUUCACUCAGUAAAACCCUUGCUUUUUUGCGCCGUAGUUUUGUUGGCCACUCAAGCUAUUGCUCUCUAACCUUUAAACCUGCGGAAAUAUCCACGCACAAAUUCUCCUGACCUAACAAACGAAUUUGAUAAAAGAUCAAAGCAGUUUUCUUUCUGAUGAUCAUUUUAAAAAUUCUCAUCAACUCAUUUCCUUGGUCGAUAAAUGGAUAUUGUUAGAAGAAAAUUGAUGCUGAUCAAUCUUCUCUAUGAAAAAAAGUUUGCCUCUUUCUAACCCUCAGUCACUGUCACAAGUUGCGGAGACAAACUAUCCAAAUUUCUUUUGUAGGAUAUUGAAAGACAAAUUCAGCCAUAUAAAAGUAUUGAGAAGGAUAUAUCUUUGAAUUGUCACACCAUAGCUACAGCGCAAAAACUGACCGCAUCGCAUGAAUCUGUAAUUGACUCCGGCAGUGAUAUCAUGAUUAAUCUUUCCGGCAAACUGGCUGCAAAGGAUGCCGCAUACAAUUCUUUCGGUGGGCUAACCUUUGGUCAAAGACUGAACAGUCACCAUGGGAAAGCUGAGGGAAACGAGAAAAAAUUCCGCAACUCGAGCGGAGUGGAGUGGCUUGAAAAUGUAUAAACGGGUGGGAGCUGAAAUGCUAAUUUUAACUGCUAGACUUUUUAAUUUGUUUCAACCCUUUUCAACCCAACAGUGUCGAAAAAGGAAAAAAUAAAACAACACCAUGUGAAAGUGCUGCCGAAAAGCUUUCACUCUGACGACCCGUCAAGCCUAGGAUUUCGUUGUAGAUUUACUGAGUUAGAAUAUCUUGUUGCCUUCCAGUACUAUACUGAGGAGUAAGGAAUCUUAAAGAUUUAGAAGUCUGAUAUGUUGCCGUGUUUCAGGUUACACUAAAUAUCAACGGUCAUGAUAUGGCACGUGCGGCAGUGCCCUCUUUAAAUAUUUCAGCAGGUUAUAAAAUAUCAAGAGCUAUAAAAAAAUUCCAAUCGCAAGAGUCUCUAAGUUUAAACUGCGGAAAAUAUAUAAAAUCAACAUCCUUUGCCGGCAAAGCAAUUUAAAAUAUCUUUCACAUCAAGGCAGAUAAUUUGUUUUUCAUGAACGGCAUGUCAGUUAUGUGUUAGCUAACACACUGCGAUUUUUGAAAAAAAAAAAUCUUCAACAGAAAUCAUUUGGACGAAAUUCGCCCAAAAUUUUUGGCCGUCACACGAAGAAAAAAAAAUCCGGGUUAUAUUAUUAAAUAGCAAGUUAAAUGGAAAAAGAAAAGAAACUUCAACACUUGGCGAAAAUUCACUGUGCAUCAAUAAAGAAACGUGGCGCAGACUCUAAAGAAAACCUUUAAAAAAAACUUCAACAUUCUUGCAAUACUGAAAGGUACAUGAGAGAAAAAAGGUUACAAAAAAAGGAAGAAACGUAAAACAAGGCCGCACAUACGGCAUCCUGGCACGUUAAGCAGCAGUUGGCAGUUCAGGACUAUAACUGAGAUCCGAAUAAGAGUCGAGUACAAGCAACAGAACACCGAAAACAACAACAUAUUUCUUCCACCCACGUUCUAAAUCUUCUGAUGAUGACCUUUUUGUGUUCCAAUCAGUUUGGCACGAAAACAAAAUUGUGCGUGGGUUAAAAAAAAUCCCCACAUACCCUUUACGUUACAGCACUAUUUACUAACCAUAUUUUUUCGACCCCGGUUUAUUUCUUUAGUACACACGUACGUGUAUAAAAACGAUUGAGAGGCUACUGUUUUCUAAUUACUUGACGUCAGUCAAGAAAAGAUUUUUCAGAACGUCUCCGCUUUGAACGAAAUCCGGAAAAUAAUCUUUAACUUGUCAGGACUACUGAGUGCAGUUUUAAAACCUCCACAGUCAGUUGGUGCUGACAUUAAAACGAAAGAUUAAGAAAAGAAACGGAAAAACGCCCUCAGCAGACUUCCGCUAGCUGAAAUGAUGCUCUUGGCAGAUCAAAAGAAAGAAUGAUUAUUCUCCCCACAGCUGACAGAUCAGUAAUAGUUUUUAACCUUGAAGCUACCAACUCAGUUAACCAAGGUGACACUUGGUUUAGUGUUGAUUAUAAAGGCUACGUAUUAUCUAGCAGUGAAAUCUAUUCAAUAAACGAUAAAUAGAAGCGCCAAUUUUUUCCUUUGCUAAUAGAAUCAUAAUUCGAGCCAGAUUAAGAAAACAGCUCAAUCAACCGACCCCUUUUAUUUUGUCAUUGACCUUCGAAACAAGAAAACAAAGUAAAAUAUAAGAACGCCUCCAAUAAAAAUAAAACUAAGACCAAAAAAGGACCUGUACUUUCCAGCUGUUAAGUGGCAAAAGGUGCUGAGCAAAACAAAUUCCUAACUGAAAAAGUAUAAAAUAAAACUAUAAACUUGCAGAGUCAAAACAAAGUUGUAAUGAGGGUCACCGACGAUGGUGUUUUUGUUUCUUAAUAACGUAACUUAUCACACAGGGGGAGAUUUCUUUUUAAGUCGCGAUUCCUUCUUAAAACUGAGGAGAUAGACAUUGCAUAAUACAUAAACUUUCACGAAACUUUUAACGACUUUAAAGAACCUGAAAUGAGACCAAUUAUAUAACUUAUUUCUAAUAAAUGCCCAUUUUAUUCAGCGUUUUUUUGGUAAAUGCUACUGACGACAACUGUCUUACAGUUCAGAUGGAAGAUUUUGAAAUGCGCUUUUUUUUCUGUGGCGCUGUCCAAAAAGGUGAUGCUAAUUUUAACGGCUUGAAGUCAAAAGCAUGACCAUUCGAAUACAAACGAGAGUACAUACUGUUUUCCGGUACUAUACUGUUUGUUAUGUAAGAGAACGCCCUUAUUUCUCUCCUACAGUGAGCUGAGUUGUACUAAUAUUUCCUGUGGUUAUGUUUGUUAUGUUAAAGUAUAGUACGACGAUUCAUAAUAAAGGCAGUCUGACUGAGUGCUAACACACUUUAGUGAUGCUUCACGUGGUCGAUAUGGUCGGCUAAGGUUUGUGUUUUUUUCUGUCUCUUCGAAAUCUUGAAGGCAGCCUUUCGAAUGAAAGCUAUUGAGCACUACUGACUUUCCCGUGGCAUUGUAUAUAACCGAUCGACUGUUGAAUACAAAGUGACUGUAACUAACUAGGGAGUUUUUACACCGUCUUCGGAUGAUUCAUCAAAAAGAGCUACUGACUAGUACCCUCAGAGAUGCUGUUAGUCGUAAAUUUGUCUCAACUGACUGGCCAAUCGAAUAACAGCUGUCUAUAAGCGGAGUCUCAGCUCCAGGUGGUUUGUAAGAGGACAAUCUUUAGUCGUGCUAUCUUAAAAUUACACCCGGCGUCACCAAGGAAUACGAUCAGACUACGAUAAUGCCUAAGGGUGUCUCCCAAGGAAGGAAAUAAAAAUCGACAAAACAUUUCAAGUAGACACUGAUGACUGAAUAUCCUCGAUACACCGUCACGUAACGGCAUGAAAUUAUCCCAUGCAAAGUGCAACUUCUAACCUACUUAGCUUAAAAAUGUAUCUGGCGGCAUUUAUGUAUUACUUUUCUUUUCAUGUAUUCUUUUCUGCAUCGAUAUUGAGCCGAGACAAAAAUAACGUAAAUUUGAAAAACAACUGUAACAUCACAUUUGAAAUCUAACACUGUUCCGAUAAUAUUGUGGACAAACAGCAAAUAUUAGAGAGUGCUCUAAAGUGCAGUGGAAACUCUUGCCAUUCUACCGAUUGUAACAAUCGAAUCAACGAUUUGCGGUUUUUGCGCACACGGCACACGCGAAUGUAAGACGUCUGGAAAAGGGCUACUUGUCGAGUGUUUCACUUGAUCAGUCUUCCAACGAUUAUAUAACAUCUUGGUUCUUUUUCAAUAAACACUAUUGUAAAUUGUGUUAGAUGUGGGGAAUAUGUUUUCAGCCUGUUAUCAACGCGUAAUCUAAACCUCGACCGAUAGCGCUUAUUAUGCAUGAAUUUUUUUUAUUUGACAAAUUUCAAACUCCGACUUAAUUGAACUGUAUUGAAAGUCGUAUGCGAGACUGACUGGAGCCACGACCGGAAGUGGUUGUAAUUCCAUCGAUGCAUAAAUCGUAAACAAAAUUCCACGACGGCGGACAGUACGGUGGAGAAGGAGAGUUAAACAUUUACGUCCCAUUGCAAGAAACAAGCACAUGCGGGGUAAAAUUUUUUGUCUAAAAAAGGCGGAAAUGACAAAUUAUUUUCAUCUGUGCGUGGGCUCUCCUAAAAAGAAACCAGGUGAAAAACCACUGAAACCUGGUCUUUUAGCAACCAAACAUGAGCUAAGGACCGGUAAGGCCCGGCAGUGCAAGAGCAAAAUCCCAAGGAACAGGCUACAACAGUGCGUACCCCACAUAUUAGGUACUAAAACAUUCACCUUGCCAAAUGUAGCAGUUACGAGCGAACGAUUUACAACUUUAAAACAAAAUUAGGUGGGAAAUGCAUCGAAAAUAGAAGAGCGCUUUUGGUAUAACUUUAUGAACAGGUCCUGACAGAUUAGAUCAGUGAAGCGCGUCCUAGUACUCCCGUUUUCCAAUUCCAGUCGAAAUCAUCUUCACCAGCUGGGCAUGCGAAAUAUGGGUUAUACGAGGGAUGUUUUAGUACUUCGUGCCGCUAAUUCAAAAACUAAAACAUGGCAUGCACAGAUUGAACCAGGCUAAAUAAAAAACAGCUUCUUGAAUACAUUUUGGCUGUCGAUCAAACAGACGAAGCGUAUUAUUGUCAGGUUAACAAAUGACCCCUGCCCUAAAUCUAUUCUUUACCGCGUUCCAAUGUGGCCGCACCCAAAACAAACCGCAAAUGCAAGGAAUACUAUUGGAUGAUGUAGCUGUCUUUGGAUAAAGGUUUACUAAAAAUACCUUUGAGUGUUUUCAAUGUCAUCGCCCUCAAUCAACAUCUAUCAUAUCGCCAUGAUCUGAGAUAAACUUGAUGAGUGCAAGUUCACAACAUUUUAUCUUCCGAAACGAAAGAAAUUAGAAAUUGUAACGUUGUUUCUAUAUUCGACAUGGGAACGGGUUUUAGGAUUCCAAGCAUAAAAUAACAUGUAUUAAUGAGUUGUUUUUUUGGGGGGGGGGUUCGUUUGAAACACAAACUUGUGCCACAUAAAAUUUUUGUUCAGAUCGAUUUAUCAGGCGUUGCAUUUAAAGCUUUGUAGUUUGUUAACUUUCGUGUUUAAGAUGAUAAUCCCAAAGCGUGUUUAAGGAACCGCUGUCAUUUAUUUCCAGAUGCAUGAAAAAUACGUUUUUGUACGCGAAAAAUAAAAAAAGGAAGGAAAGGACGAUCAGAAAAAAAUACACUGUUCACGGAAUGUUUACAUCUUUGUAUUUGCAAGACUUUCCUGAGCAAAUGUUGUUGUUUAUAGAUUUUUUGUUAAGUGGUCAUCUAAACCAGUAUUUUUAGAUAGUUUUGUUUUUAAGUCAGGAGGCAAUCAGUAAUGAACUGUGCAGAGGGUUUCGAAACCUUUUCUGGAUCCCACUUGAAGGAAGUCAAAUAACAUUCACAAAACAGAAAGCUUUUUUUUAGAAUAAGAUUUAUUAUUUCUAGAUGAAGGGAGGACUUGAUUCACGAUACGGUUCGGCGAUAAAGCUAAGUGUGUAGUCACAAUACUAACCAUCGUUUUUCAGCCAAUAAGACGCGAGUUAAGCUCUCUGGCUGAUAACAUCUCACAAUAUAUUUGAGGGUUUGGUUUCUAAAAUUCUGCUCGAUUUCAGAUCAUAUUGUGAUUUUCGAGGCAUGCGCUCUUGGUUCUAAUCAACUGCAACGUCUACCUACCAUAACCCACCCACAGUCGAACAUUUUUUCCCUGGCUACAGGUAUUUUCCCAGCGGUGGUUUUUUUGUGUGUGCUAAGAGGUCGAGGGCAUCAAAUUUCCAACUCCAGUUAUCACUUUUACAUUGGAACUAAGGAAAAGCUCCCAAUUUAUAUAGAUCACAAAGACUGAGAGUUUCAAAUUUUUUUGAAAAAAAAAGGGUUCCCUUCUGAGGCAGACUUUUUAAAUAGCUUGAAAACAAUGAGGAAUCAACUACUCGGAUAAGAUAUCAGAAAAAAGCGAUAUAUCAUAGAACGAGAGUCCUACGUUUUAAAAACCUUCCGCUAUGAGUACAAUAAACUGCACCAUACAAAGCAUCGCCCUUCAAUUUUAAUUCAAAUGGUUAACAAAACGAGGGCCUUUCACAUAGGGGGUAAUAAAACAAGUCAAAAGAAAGGAAAGGGACACGCACCCAAAGAUUUGAGUUAAACCUUCUUAAAAAGAAAGUGCGGCUCUGCGAUUUCUGCAUUUGAAGCUUAAAACAUUGAUAGGCAUGUCCUUAACCCUAGUUGGCUGAAUACUUUGUUCAUCGUUCAAGUAACACGAUUUGCUGCAUUUAAUUUUAGAGAAAUUGCUGUUUAGUUACUAACUUUCAUUUGAAUCUCAAAUCAUUGGUUUGCGCGCCUAUACGCUAGUUGGAAGAUUUUUGCCUCGCUCGAGAGCAAGUGUUGCUGUAUUUGAGAAAGUGCUGCCCAGAAGCUUAUUAAUAACACCACUGCUAGCAGGAAUUUCAUCAUUCAAGUGCAAGCGUUAAAGGAUUUAGAACAUAUGGUCAUUUAUCAAGGAAUUAAAACAAUCAAAAUCGUCACAAAACAUAAAAAUACAGAAACUACAAAAGAUAUUGUUGCUCAGUUAAUUUCGACAAAAAUACCCACGGAUGAAUUUUACUCUCUGUUUUCUUAACUUAAUUUUAUAAACAUUUCGAAACCUAGGAAUAAAAGCUAGUACGUCAAAAAAUAAACAUAUGUAAGGUUAAGUCUUUCAACCUUUUCAGUAAACCAGCAAUUCGUAUUUCACCAAGAUUAAAACACCAGCCGGAAUGAACCCCGUCACUAAACUCAAAUAUUCCAGUCAAAAAUAGCCGCUGGCGACGCCCUUAUUAUCCGAAUUUACACCGCUAAAAAACGUAGACUAACAAGUACCUAUAAAGAACACAACAUAAUCAUUAAAACCACGGCAUUCACUUUACAUAUAAAACUUGCUUUCUUGAAACUGUGGCGGAAAUUUUUGAGGGACGUGAUUGGCGCUCACGGAUCAAUUUCCCGCCAUUUUCAUAUUGACGGUUUACAGAAAUAAAAAUUGGUUUUGCUUAGUGAAAGAAUCACUAGUUUUUCUUCAUUACCAGUUGACAAGGGACAACAUUUUUUUCGUCAGUGAGCAUUUUUAAUUCUGAUUCGUUCCUUGUCCGCUCUCCAACAAUUAAGUGCAUCCUUUUUCCCUACUCUUACAUGACUUACAUAAGUCACUCAUUGAAAAAUGCGCUCGGGUAUAUUUCUUUGACCGCCUGAAUCUUUCAAGUGGCAAAAGAAAAAUUCUACAGAUUAGAAAAGCAAUAUAUAAUCCCUCAAUUUAGAUCUAAAUUGGGAGGUUACUAAUGAAGAAAGAACGAAAAUUUCUAUAAUGCAUCUUGUGCUUUGUUCACGUUUUUGGUUUAACGAUUUCGCAACAAUGAACAAAAGAAACGUAACAGGAACAGCAGAAAACCACAAGAUUGACCCAAACGUAGUAUUAACAAAGCCGUAACAUUACAAACAAAACAACCAGCGAACCAGCAAUACUCGGCUAAAACCGGCUCUCACGACCGCCUACUAAAAGGCAAAGACGCCCACCGCCUCUCGAAAACAAACAAAAAAGGACAGUGAAUAAGUCAUCAUGCAUGAUCAAUUUAAAGAUGUGAGCACGCGCUGGCAGAAAACAUAAACAAUAAAAGCUGAAAAAAAAAGCAUCGACGUGGUCUUCGGCAUACGGGAUUACUGAUAUGAAGCAACUGACUUAUAUAGCAACGAGGGCAUUCAUUGGAUAUUGCGGUGAAAAAUCACAAACUUGCAGCCUAAUAUACAACGCACUAUUUUGUCAACAGCGCGCUAUGUACUGGGCGCUGCCCCGAAAAUUCUUUGCUUGAGAUGUGAACGUGACCUGUUCCUCAUGAAUUUUCGUGAGCAAUAGUGCGUUCUGUGUUGUUGAUUUUACUAGGCACGGCGGCCUACAAACAAUUAAUUGGGCCACAAAUUCCUAAGCCACAAGCCAAUAAUUCAGUUCCAUUUCCUUUCUCAACAACGGGGUGUUCAGAAAUUGAAAUAGCUUCUCCAGCCUGUCUGAUAAACCUAAGAACAGCUAAUUUAAGCCACUGCAAAUCUUGAGUGCUCAAUUUCCUUUGGCAUUUCGUAGUAUCGUUCCCCCAGCUUUACUACCGGCGUCUCUGUUUCGUGAAAUAUGAAUCUUCUGUUUUAUUUAAGCAAAAAAUGUAUUUGCUUUGCCUAGAAGAGGGUGGAGGUGAAAUAAUACUCCGAUACCGCAAACAGGAAACUCAAUUGAUUUAUUGGGCACGAUUUUUUAUAGCACACACACGCAACUAGUUAUGCGUAAAACAACGAUAAAAUCCUUACCACGUUGUCCUACCUAGAAAUUCCUGAACAUUAUUUAACUCUUUAAUUUUAAUUGCCCCGUUUUAAAAAGGAAACAUGGACUAGGUGAACAGCGCAACUGAAAUUAAUUUUCAGUAACAACUUCGAUUUAAGUUUUUGCACUCGCAAAACGUUUUCCAGUUUCAGAAUUAAGAAUUACACACACAUUCAAAGGGCAUGAGUUCAGCUCUUUACUUGAUACGGAAACACAGAAUUCUCUGUGUUCGAAAAUAUUCUGAAUGUCAUUUUAUUGGGUCAGAGUUAAAAUGCUUGGUGCUUUUUUGGAAUUAGGUAUGAACGUGAGGAUUAGAGUGUUCACUGACUUUAUAAAGUUACGUAAUCCUUUUUAAUGAGCCCCAAUGCACUUGAAAACUAUUAGUUUUCACACUGUGGUAUUUAGUGAUAUUAAUCAACUACCUUUUCAUGGCUUAGUUCCUACAUCGCAAUGUGUCUACACAAGAUUUCGGAAUUAAGGGCACGUUCGCCUCGCGUCAAUCAAUCAAAUUGUGACUCGCAACUUCUGUGAAACAAUUGCAAAAGCUGGAACAAAGAAGCCAUAAAAAACGUCCACCCACAUGAGUUCGGUCAUCCGAGGUCCACUUUGCAGUCAUAAUAAGCUAGAGCAAAACUUGUCACCAAAAGGAAUAAAAAGGGGUUUUACAUGUAUCGUUCUCUAAAGAACGUGAAUUAACGGCUGAACUGAAACAAAGUCAAACACAUUCUAAGCCCUUAGGAUCCUCGCGUGAUAUUUUUAACAUACUUUACCCUUAAACGGAACUUGAGAAAUUACUAGUAAAUUUCAAAAUCAGGGCUUCGUGUCAAAGACAUGUCUCCCUAGCAGUAUAUCAAACAUUACAAACCAAAAAAAAAUGCUAGGUUAGCACUAGUUUUCAAAACGCACAAUUGCCAUCCGUUUCAAUCUUCUUCAGGUUUUGUCCAUCCCUUCUUCCUUUUUUAUUUGCUGUGUUAUAAUAGACUUUCUUUUAAUGUUCUGAGCAGUUAUUUUUAUUUUUGUUUCGCACAGAUUGGUGGCAGUUCCCUUGGCAUUUGCACUCUUGUGCAGGUAUUCCCUUUGGAAAUAUGUUUAUAAACAACUUUGCAUUACAAUUUCAAAACGAGCGCGCACUUGAAGUACACCGAAAAGUUUCGGCUUCUUCUUACAAACUUUUCCAGCGUCUCUAAAAAUCUGUUUCAACGGUAAAUUACGUCACCAUCCAAAAAAUCUGUGUUAGGACCCCAAAACUAAGGAUGUCCUUUAUCUUGUUGUUACUUGCCAUGAGCCUAAGGAAGUUGUAACAAUUUCUCCAAAUUAUCUUGUUUGGUAGGUCAAAUAGGACCUGGUACAAGACCGCAAGACCGCCUUGUAAGAGGGCAGGAGCUGGAGGAAGACGCAGAUGAUCUGGAAACAAACAAAAGGCUUAAUAUAUCAUUUUAA